AUGAGACAGUUAGCGCGCGAGCAGACCACCUCCGCCCUGUGCACCAUCGGGUUGAUCGUCUUCGGUGCGCUCCUGCUGACGACGGUGGCCGAGGCCGAUCCAAUGCUGGAGAGCGGCACCAGUCUGUAUGCCGAUAAUAAACAUGCCAGCGACAAGCGUCCCUUCUUCGUCGGUAGCCGAUACGGACGAUCGCAUGUGUACGGCGCGAAGGACCUGCGGCAGGUGAAUGUGGUCCCCAGGAAUGAUCGCUUCUUCCUUGGCUCCCGAUACGGCAAGCGGUCCGAUCUGACGAAGGAAAUCGAAUCCGACAGCAACAACGGCGCGGAACUGACCUAUCUCGCUUGUCUGCACACGGGAGUAUCGAAUCUUUACCGGUGCUAUAGCCGUGAUGCGUCCACCACCGCCUUACAUCAACGUCCGGAACAGCAGCAGGAAGCGGAACAAUACGAUCAGCAAACGCAGCUGCAUCAGUACAACGACAACUCCGAGCUGGCGGAAAAGUAA